UGCAGCGGAGUUUGACAAGCGGCCCAACUCCCAGCAGGAGCUGCCUUGAUAAACAAACGUCAAUUGAAGUGUGCUGAUUGCUGGUCCCUCUUGCAAUCCCUCUGCAGCCUGAAUCUCGUGUGCACGACGGCUCUCCAGCGCCGAAGCAUGAGCGAGUGACGACGAGGCACUGCAGACACGCCAUUCACCGCCGCGGCGAAGCUCCCCCCUCGUAUCCCCCAACAGACGGGCAGCCAGCAUGGCCGAAGAAGAGAAGACGGGCAGCAUGGCCGAGGACAAGGACCUCGACCCGUCCGAGUUUGUGCAGCACAUCCGGCAGCUCGGGGCCCAGCGCGACCAGCAGGACCUCGACCGGGUCAGGAGACUGGAGGAGGAGCUGAUCAAGGGCAAGAGCGAGAGGAUGGCGCGGAGAGCCGAACGCGCGCGCUCCAUCUCCCCAGACAAGCCCGCGACACCACAGUCGGUGAGCGCCGCCGCCAGCCCUCGCACCGUCCAGGACAAGGCCGCCAGCACGCCCACGCCGGCCAUGAGCCCGCCCCCGCUCGACGCCAUGCACGACGACGCAGAAGCAAAGAAGCCCGCCACCAGCGCCGCCGCCCUGGGCCGCUCGGGCACUCUCUCGUGGAAGCAGCGCCCGCAGUCUGGCAGUGGGCGUCGGCCUCUCUCCAUGGCCGCCUCGUCACGCGACACGUCGGAGCCACCUUCCCCAGAACGCAGCCCCUCGCGCGCGUCUGUGGCCCAGUCGCUGGACACGCGCUCGCCGUCGCCGUCCUCACGCGCCAACUCGGGCCGCAACAGCGCCGUCCUCAGCAACCGCUUCUCCUCCAACACGUCGCUCUCGGGCGGCGACGCCGAUGGGCCCGCCCCGACACGCUCGCCCAUGCCCACGCUGGACUCGCAGAAGUUUGCCCCGCCCACGACGGCCGCCGAUGCGACAGACGGCGGCGACGGGGCAGGCUCGUCACGCGCCCUCGCCAUGUCGCCGACCCAGGGCCGCAUCUCCCCCGAGCGCGAGCGCCCCACGACGCCCGGCCGCCCCGCCUCGCCGACCAAGGGCAUGGGCGGCUUCGUCCAGAGCGCCAUGCUCAAGCGCAGCGACAGCGUCAGCAAGCGCUGGAGCACCCAGACCCCACCCGUCCUGAACCGCCAGAACUCGACGCUGAGCAGCCGCGGGAGCGUCGCGGGCGGCCUCGGCACCCUCCCCAAGAUGGAGCGCCCCAACAGCCUGACCAGAGACAACUCGCUCGAGUCGACCUCGCGCCCCACGUCCAGCUCGAGCAACCUCACCGUCACCAGGGACGCCACGCCCAAGGACGAGUUCGUCAAGCCUGCCCUCCCCCACCGCCACAGCCGCAGCAAGUCUGUCGCCUCCAACUUCAGCGAGUACGACCACUCCCAGGAUGACGCCCCGCCCACGCCCUCCCGACGCUGGAGUCCGAACAAGUCGAGUUGGCUGGAGAGCGCGCUGAACAAGCCUGAGUCGCCCAAGAUGAAGCCACAGGCCCCGCCGCCGCCCCAGCCAGCAUGGAUGACCGAGAUCAACCGCAUCAAGCAGCAGCGGAGCAGCGUCGACCUGGGCAGAGGCAGUCCCCUCCACAGCCCGUCGCUCUCAGGCCGCUCGUCGCCCGUCAAGGACUUUGCAUCUGGCCGCAUCUCGCCGAUGAAGGAGCUGAGUUCGGGUCGCACGUCGCCCGUGAAGGAGCUGGGGUCUGGUCGAACUUCUCCUAUCAAGGAGUUCCAACUGCGGCCUGCCAGCGCCCGCAACUUCGAGUUCCCCCCCAAGGAGCCCAAGGAGCAGACGCCCAAGAAGGUGGAGGAGCAACCAUCGAAGAAGCUGGAAGAUCUGACGCCCAAGAAGCUCGAAAAGCUAUCAGAGCCGUUCUCCACCCCCAAUCCCUUGAUAUCGCCCAAACCGUCUAUCAUCGGAAAGAAGGAGGAGGUCAGAGAGCCAGAAAAGACACCCUCAAGACCCGAGUCUGUGCUGUCACCCACCUCCGUCGUAGGCGAGGAUCAGCCGUCAAAAGACCAUCUCACACUUGCCACAGAAGUACCGCAAACAUCAUCCGACGAGAUAUCAACACCGACCAACUCGAAGCCCGUCGCGUCCCGUUUUGCACGAGACUCGCCGCGUCUGGUACCGGCAGUGAAACCCAAGUCGACAACUCCUCCCAAGAAGGACUUCCGCGCGGGUCUAAAGUCGCGACAGCAGCCCACAACAGACACCCCCAAGAAUGAGAACAGCUCGGAGCUCCAGAACGUCUUUGGCAAGCUGAGGAGGGCCGAGACGAAAAACUACGUCGCACCAGACCCUCUCAAAGACAACAUACUGCGCGGCAAAGAAGCCCUCAACGUGACUGGUGGCCCUAAACCAACCGUACGUCGCGACGAGUUCCGUCAGAGCCUGAUCAUCACAAAGGAGGCCAUGUUGGAGAAAGCCAAGGAGAGCGGCUCAACUCUCGGGAGGUCGGAUAGCAUCUCCCAGCCAGCUGAGACACCCGAAGCGAUUGCAAUCCGCGAAAAGCUCACUCGGUCAGACAGUACGUCGAGGCCUCCCUCGCCACAGAAACAGCAAUCCACACCUGAAGCGAUAGCCAGGAAGAAGAGUCUCAGGACAAGCGUCAGACCUGUCAUGGCCGAUCUCGUCCCGCAGCCGGCUCCGCUCUUUGCGGCGAAAGAGCCCGCCAAAGCAAGCAAGCUGGCGGAUCGAUUCAAUCCCGCGCUCGCCAGUAUGCUGGCUCGAGGCCCAGCGCCCCUGAACACCACCAAGUCGCCGUCAAACGGCACGCCAACCGAGUCUGCCACCACACCCGCACAGGGCGAGAAAGGGGGACCUGCCCCAGAACUGCAGCACAUGACCAAAGACCGGGCUCGCGGACCAAAGAGAAGGGCACCGCGCGCAAAAGAGGCUGCGGCUGAAGCGGAGAAAGCUCCAGAAAAGGUGACUACCACUGCUGCUGUCCCUUUGGCCCAGCCUGUCCGCGUACUUUCCAGCUCUGAGCCUCCCAAAACUGACGGACCACUAGAGGAGCUCCCAGUAAGGAGAUUGGCGACAAAGCAGUCCUUUGCGGAGAGGCCUGCAACGCCUGCGAAGUCAGCACGCGUGGCGUCUGGAAAUUUCGGAAAGCCAUCGACCCCGGAGCUGCCCAGGAAGCCGUCGAUGGCGGAUUUGUCGAGGAGAGUUUCUGGGCUCCAGGGGUCUUCGCAAUCGCCCCGGCCAGAAUCUAUUGGAUCGCCCAGAGCUUCGCCUGUAAUCUCUAAGAGAUCAUCUUCUAUAGAACUGUCUAGGAGGAUUUCUGGACUGCAUGGAUCUCCACAAUCACCCAGACAACCGCCUGUAAUCUCGAAGAGGUCGUCAUCAAUAGAAUUGUCUAGGAGAGUAUCGGGGCUUCAGGGACCCCAGCCAGAGUUAGUUGGGUCACCCCGAAUGUCUUCACCGGGAAUCCCUAGGAAGCCAUCGAUGAUCGAACUGUCUAGGAGGGUGUCGGGACUCUCAGGACCUCCACAAUCGCCCCGGCCGGAGUCGAUUGGAUCGCCCAAGCUAUCGUCUCCUGAAAUAUCGAGAAAGCCGGCCUCACUGGUAUCAGAUAGGAAGAGUUCUGGCGCGCAGUUUACACCACAGAGGUCUUCACUGUCCUCGCAAUCAUCGUCUCCCUCGUCAGUGGUAAACAUAAUCUCGAAGCCAUCAUCUCCGUCGGUGCUGAACAUGAAACCGUCGUCUCCAUCACCAGCAGCACUGUCAAUGUUCCAGCCAAAACCAACCAUAGCGCCAAAGCCAGCGCCUCCAUCGCCAUCAGUAGUAUCGUCGAGAUUCUCGCGGCCACUACCCACACUUCCAUCAAAGCCAUCCAUAGAACUCCCGAAACUAACAGCGCCCACGGAUAUGCCGCCGUCUGAUACUGAGACGUCGCCCACGACAUCUACCAUUUCUGUAAAGAGUGCUUCGUCCAUGUGGGGCAGGCAGCCGUCUCCUGCUCCGAAGGGAAAAUUCCCGAUCAAACUGCCUACCCGCGCAGAUGAACGCGCCGCCAUGCAGGACGCUGGUCUUAUCCGAUCACCUCAACCAGAAGCACUCGAAACAAAGCCCCUGCCCCCUAAACCUCUAGAACACAAGCCCAAACCGGCUGGUCUUGGAUUCAUGGGUGGGCUUGGUAGCCUCGUGGCAGCGAGGUCUCGUGAAUCUAGCCCGCAACUGACCAAGGACCUCCCCGCGUCGCCGCCGCCAAGCGCAGGCAGGCCGCAGUCGGAGUCUUCUAAAGCACCACCUGCGCCUGAGAAGCCGACCGGCAUGUUUGCGGAGUUUUUCGACGACGCUCCAGUGACCGAGGGGCAGCUAGCAGACAACAUCGAUACAGAGCACAUACUCAAGUCGCCGCCCCUUGACCUGGGACCCGGCGGCAAGAUCCGCACCGUGCGCAAGGAAAUGUUGAAGGUAACUGUCGACGGCAGGCUUUCACCGGUGCACGUGCAAGAGGAGCAUGUUCUGUUCCGUGAGUGUAUGUAUCUGUGCACGCACGUAUACGGAGAUUCCAAGGGCGCAAGGCAUACAGAUGUGUAUCUUUGGGCAGGCAAUGGUGUUGCAGAAUCCACACUCGAAGACGCGCAGACGUUUGCGAAGAACCACGCUCGACACCAGCAAGGCAGGCUCCUCGUCGUGCGACAGGGCCACGAGACGCCAAACUUCUUCGAGGCCCUCGGUGGGAUCCUCAUGACACGCCGCGGAUCGAAGCCAGAGUCUACGGAGUUCAUGCUGUGCGGCCGUCGCCACCUUGGUCAUCUCGCAUUCGAUGAAGUCGACUACUCGCUGAAGAGCCUAUGCUCCGCCUUCCCGUACCUCAUCUCGACCAGCACCGGCAAAGUGUUCCUCUGGAAGGGCCGCGGAUGUUCUGCCGAAGAGCUAUCGGGCGCACGACUCAUGGGCAUGGAUCUCGCGCCCACCGGCGACUUUGUCGAAGUCGACGAAGGCUCCGAGCCAGCCGCGCUCCUCAACGUCUUCCCUCCCAGCUCGGUAGCAGGCAAGGCCCCCGUCAUCCCCCGCUCCGCCGACCACUGGCGCUACAAGGCGAACAGCGACCGCUACCGCGUACGCCUCUUCAAGCUCGAGCAACAGCAAGAAACACUGGGGUGGGGACAAACGAGCCUGCAGGUGAGCUCCUCCUUCUUCGGGAGGUUACGCCGCCCUUCGUGGGGACCAGCGCUCUCCCCGACUUCUACUGGACCGCACGCUGAACUCGGACCGCAGACGCCAUUGACGCCCAAGACCCCGCGAAGCCCCGUCACCACAAAGGUCGUGGAGAUUAUGCCCUUUUGCCAGCGGGAUCUGGAGCCAGAGCAUGUUUACGUUCUUGACGCCUUCUUCGAAAUGUACAUUAUUGUUGGUUCUCUAUCUCGCUCGCAGGCUCAGGCUUUCUCCACCGCCCUCUUGUUCGCGCAGGAGUACGGCAUGCUCGCUGUUUCCGAGGAGGACCGCCCGUUCAUGCCAUUCACGAAUGUCGUCCUCGAGGGCGUGCCCCGCGACAUGAAAGCUAUCUUCAGACACUGGGAGGACGCGCUUAUCCCUGCAGCUGGCCUGAUGAGCGGCAAGUUGGGCCGCGGCAAGAGCCUGAGGAUCGUUGGGCUCGAAAAGGCCAUUGAGGCUACGCGGCGAUGAGCAUCGUCGUUUUAGACUUGCACGUAUAUAUCUUAUCUUCUCAGCAUCACGGGGCAUGGCGAAAUGGGGGGUGGUGUCGUCACUAAACAUAGACUCCUAUGGAGUGGUUUUUUGUAGUUCUUGCAUACAUCUUUCACUCAUUGUAUCAUGUUGAUGUUGCGUGACAUCGCAUGAUAUGGCUAGAGGUUUGGAUGAAACUGUGUUGAAUUGUUUGUGCUUGAUGUGCAGGAUACCACCUCCAUACGACUGAAAAUAUGAGGUGACGCGUCUUUUGUAGUGAAAGACGCGAUGUAAACAAAAACAAGAUGUGACGCUCUAGAUCUAUUCUAAGCCAGCACCAUCCCGAGAAUUUGCGCCUCGCCUUCCCCAAACUCCCAUAUUAGCAAAACCA